CUAGAUUUUUGUUCUGAACAGAUAAAACCCAGAGCUACCCAAUGUAAAUCCAUUGAUGUACAAUCAUCAGAAGAGAUAAAACCUGUCAAACUGGUUUGCUUUCAUCAGACACUUUUCCGUGCCUUUGGCCGUCUUCCUUCUCAGUCCUCUGAACAUGUUUCCAACUCCCAAGACUCUUAGCUUCAGUUACCCUUUUAACCAUAGUUAUUUUGACAGAAAUGCCCUAUGUUGGUCCCAUUGACUUGUCACCGUUACACGUACCCUAAAAGGUCAGCCCUGUAAAUGUACAUUAAACACCCAAUUCAGUUUCAGCUGCACACAAAAAGAUAACUAUAGAUAUGGAGUCAGUGCUCCUCUUUCUCUCUCUCGUCUUCUGAUAAGAUCACCUCUCUGCUUAGAUUCUUUCUUCAAAGCAAAAUUUUUUUUUUAUAAAGAAAGGAAUGGGCUUGGUUCAUAAUUAGGCAGAAACAGUGAAAUGGGAGAAGAAGAGAAACCAAAGCAACAGCAACACCAAAACUCAACAGAAUCUUUCACAGCAAUGAAAUCUAGUCUCAGGCAGGCCAUUCAGGUUAUAUCUUCUUUGAUUUCUCUUUCUCAUUCUAUCAAAGUUUUCACUGUUAAAUGGCAACUUAUUCGCAAGAAGCUAGAAGAGUUAAGUUCUGGCUUAAUGGCCGUUGAAAACUGUGAUUCAAGCGAAAACACAGCGGUCUUUUCUGGCUUUAUUCCUCCUAUUUUGGUCACCGUAAAUGAGUGUUAUGAUCUUGCAAGAAGAUGCGUGGAACUUUCUUUCAGUGGCAAGCUCUUGAUGCAAAGCGACCUUGAUGUGAUGGUUGCAAGUUUUGACCGCCAUCUGGAGAAUCUUUCUGGGAUUUACUCUGCUGGGAUUCUGAGUCAUGGUUUUGCCAUUGUGGUUUCAAGGCCCGGUCUUGGUGCUUGCAAAGAUGACAUGAGGUUUUACAUAAGAGAUUUGCUGACAAGAAUGAAGAUUGGUGAUAUAGAAAUGAAAAGGCAAGCUCUGGUUAAUUUUUAUGAAGUUAUGACUGAAGACGAGAGGUAUGUUAAACUUGUAGUGGAAGUUGGUAACAUUGUGAAUGUGUUUGUAGGCUUUCUUGAUUCACCAGAGAUUGAGAUUCAAGAAGAGGCUUCAAAGAUUUUAUCUUUAAUAUCUGGGUUUGAUUUGUGUAAGGGGGUUUUGGUUAGAACUGGGAUUAUUGGGCCUUUGAUUCGGGUUUUGGAAAGUGGCAGUGAUUUGGGUAAAGAAGGAGCUGCUUGGUGUCUUCAGAAAUUGACUGUUAAUUCAGACAAUGCAUGGUCAGUUUCAGCUCAUGGUGGAGUAACUGCCCUGUUGAAAAUUUGUUCAAGCGGUGAUUUUGGAGGGGAAUUAAUUGCUCUUGCUUGUGGGGUGUUGAGAAAUCUUGUUGGUGUUGAAGAGAUUAAGAGGUUUAUGGUUGAUGAAGGUGCAAUUGCAACGUUCAUCAAGCUUGCAAGAUCAAGAGAAGAAAUUGUGCAGAUAAGUUCAAUAGAAUUCCUUCAAAAUAUAGCUUCUGGGGAUGAAUCAGUUCGUCAAAUGGUGGUUAGAGAAGGAGGAAUUCAUGCAUUAGUACGCGUUUUGGAUCCUAAAUCAGCAACCUCUUCAAAAACAAGAGAAGUAGCAUUAAGAGCAGUUGAGAAUUUAUGUUUUUCUUCACAGAACUGCAUAAAUAUGUUGAUGAUUUAUGGGUUUAUGGAUCAACUAGUUUUCUUCCUACGCAAGGGUGAGGUUUCGGUUCAAGAAUUGGCUCUGAAGGUGACAUUUAGGCUUUGUGGCACAUCAGAAGAGGCUAAAAAGGCAAUGGGGGAUGCUGGUUUCAUGCCUGAGCUUGUCAAAUUGCUUGAUGCAAAGUCAUAUGAAGUGCGAGAAAUGGCAACCGAGGCACUCUCCAACUUGGUCUCAGUUCCGAAAAAUCGAAAAAGAUUUGUUCAAGAUGACAGAAACAUAGGCUUUCUUCUUCAACUGCUUGAUCAAGAGGAGGGCAUUUCAGGUAACAAAAAGCUCUUGCUCUCUAUACUAAUGUCAUUGACAAGGUGCAAUAGUGGAAGAAGAAAAAUUGCCAGUUCUGGCUAUCUAAAGAACAUAGAGAAACUUGCUGAAGCUGAAGUUUCUGACGCCAAAAGACUUGUCAGGAAGUUGUCGAUGAAUAGAUUUCGUAGUAUGCUGAGUGGAUUCUGGCAUUCUUGAAUGUAACUCUUUUUUUUUUGUUCUCCUUUUGAUUUUACUGUAUAUCUACAUAAGUGUUUUGCCAAGUUUCAUUAACUUGUUUUUUACAAAUCUUAAAAUGUUAUUGUGCCCUCAAUCUUUCUCCUUCGCGGAAUCAGCUUUUGAACAGCUUUUUGUUUAAUUUGUAAUCAGUAGCAAGCAAUCUAAUAAAAGCUGU